AUGCUGCGCCACGUGCUGUGCUUGGUGGUCCUCACGCUGUGCUGCUGCACGUCUGUGUGCGUGGCUGCUGCUGGUGCACCUCAGGAGGCAGGUAAAUUGCAGCUUGUAAACGGCGGCGCGACGAUAACACUGACGGAAACAGUUGAAACCGGCAACUGCACAGCAUCGCCCCCUCCCCCUCCGGCUACUGGGGUAAACAAGGAUGUUACUAUCUCCACUAAGGUUGCUUUGAGGAAGAAGGAGGGUGAAUCACAAGAACCGACAGAAAUGGCAAAUGGUCCGUCUAUGACAGUCAAAGUUCCCGAUGGGUACAAAUUGACGCUGAAGACCUCACUGGAUGUUAAAUGCACGAAGAAAGCAGGAGAUAGUUCUAGCACCGCUGGAAAAAGCUGCCCAGUGACGGACACUAAAGCAGCUGACAGCGACACCAUCACUUAUGUUGUUGCUGUGAAGCCCACUACUUCUGACCAGCCUGCUGUAAAUACUCCGGAGACACAAAACCAUGAAGUGAAGGUCCCACCUGAGCACGAUGUGAACAUUGUGGCGAAACUUGUGGCUGCAUGCGUUCCGCCACCUACAAGUGAGCCACCUCUUCCAACAAUACCGAAAGCAAAUCCUGACCCUCGAGAAAAGGACACGCUUGACAGCAAAUUGCCUGAUUUAGGCCCUACUUCACCCGAAUCUCCCCCACUUGAUGACGAUUCCAUCACAACAGAAAGGCGCAAAGGGAAGACUCAGGAAGGAGCGCAACUUCCACAAGACGGCACCAAAUCACUUGACACCGCCACAAGCAGAGAAAAAGUAAACGGUGAACGCACCGGUGGAGAAAAGGGCAGCGAUGCCAGCAACAAAGUCACUCCUCCAACUUCCAGCGAGGCAGAGGGCACAGAAACAGACAACUCCGUCACAGUGAGUGACGCCGACCACACUGCCCCCACAGCCACACCUCAAUCAGGGACCAACACCGAAGGGGCUCCCAACGCUGAUGCCGGUACGUCCACCUCUGCGGGAGAGGGCGUGAACCUUCCUGACCGCAACACCGACGCCAGCAGCAGCAGCAGCACUGCAUGGGUGCGUGCCCCACUGUUGUUGCUGCUUGCCUGCGUGGCCGUGUUGUGA